AUGCUGCCGCUGAACAUGAACUGUGCAUCGAGGUGCGGUGCGGUGCGGUGCAGCAGCUACGGAUUCUCACCAGGGUUGACAGUCUUAUUGAAGCUGAGCAUGCCGUUCAUGCCGCCCUUCUCCUUAUCCAGCAUCUCCGCCACUGAGCGCGCGUGCUCCGUGGAUCCCCGGUGCAAUUCAGGUCCAGCAGCGGCAGCAGCAGCAGCGGCGGCAGCAGCAGCAGCGGCGGCAGCAGCAGCAGCCGCAGCAGCAGCGGCAGCAGCAGCAGCAGCAGCGGCAGCAGCAGCAGCAGCAGCGGCAGCAGCAGCAGCAGCAGCAGCAGCAGCGGCAGCAGCAGCAGCAGCGGCAGCAGCAGCAGCAGCAGCGGCGGGAGGAGGGGAGCGAGAGCGUGAGGAGUUGCUUGUGAUUCUCACCGUGGGUAGUACCACCAGAUGUGACAUGAUCGUGCGCGUAUACGCGCGCCGGUGGGAAGCGACAAAAGAGAUCUCCCCCCACCCUCCCGGGGCCAGAAGUUCCCCUUUCCUUCCGUCCUUCCCAGGUACUCCUCUCCUCCCCAUUCCCACCCACUCGCCCCCCUUCCAGUUUUCCUGA